AGUCAAGACACGGUGGCAACAUUGGACUAUUGUGGCAACACUUUCUCCAUCCUUUGUCACGAUGCCACCGAAGAAGCAACCCGAGAAAUCCGGGUCCUCCGGGUCCAAACCCGCGGAAAAGAAACCGUCAACAGCCAAAACACCGGCUGCAGCUCCUAAGGCUGCGGCAGCUCCUGCAGCUUCUGCAAGCUCUACUAAACCUGCGUCAGCCAAAACACCGGCACCUGCCCCGAAAGCAGCUGCGCCUGCCCCGAAACCAGCUGCGCCUGCCCCGAAACCAGCUGCGCCUGCCCCGAAAGCAGCCUCUGCCCCGAAAGCAGCUGCCGCUGCCCCCAAACCUGCAGCCCCUGCUCCCAAACCUGCGGCCGCAAAACCUGCAGCUGCAAAACCCGCAGCCGCAAAACCAGCAGCCGCAAAACCUGCAGCCGCAAAGCCUGCAGCCGCCAAACCUGCUGCCGCAAAGCCUGCUGCUGCUGCUGCUGCUGCACCCACAUCUAAACCUGCCGAAAAGAAAACUGCAUCAGCUCCCACUGCAAAACCUGGCUCUGCUAAAGCAGCAGCAUUGAAGGCUAAGUCUAGUGCUAAACCUUCAGCUAAGAAGGCUGCGGCAACAGCAGCCAAAACUGCCAAACCCAAGCCAGCAGUUUCCAAAUUGAAGAUUGCACCGAAGCCCAAAAAGACUGGGAUUAAGGGACAAAAAAAAGUAGUGAAACCUGUUACUAAAGCACUUAAGGCUCAGAGGAAGGUUGUAAAAGGUGAACAUGGGAAGAGAGUACGGAAAAUUCGCAACUCUGUGCAUUUCCGCAGACCCAAGACGUUUGAACCUCCUAGGCACCCUAAGUACCCAAGGAAGUCUCUGCCUAAGAGAAAUCGCAUGGAUGCCUACAACAUCAUUAAAUUCCCUCUCACGUCUGAAGCAGCAAUGAAGAAGAUUGAAGAUAAUAACACCUUGGUCUUUAUUGUCCACACAAGUGCAAACAAGCACCAUAUCAAGGCUGCAGUCAAGAAACUCUAUGAUAUAAAUGUUGCUAAAGUCAACACACUCAUCAGGCCUGAUGGUAAGAAGAAAGCGUACGUACGACUCGCUAGAGAUUAUGACGCAUUGGACGUUGCCAACAAAAUUGGCAUCAUAUAAACUGUUCCAUAUUUUCUAAGAAUAAAAAUUUACAAAAAUAAA